AUGUUCUCUAAAAAAUUUAUUUUACUUUUGCUUGUAAAUAUUUUUCUUAUAAUUUCAAUAAGGGCAAUACCACAUCACAAAUUUCUUGAAUUUGCCAAAGUUGAUGUUGAUAUUUACGAUUACGAAAAUGACGAUUCGGCGAUCUUGGUAGAAGUUAUAGAUGUAGUUGGUGUUGAUAAUAGCAACGAAAACGAUGGAAAUUUUGAAGAUCUUGAAAUUUCUCCUUCAUUAGAA